CACGGGAGUCGAUGCAGUAGCCUUUUGCCGAGCAGGAUGUCUGGCGCGCGAAUGGGCGAAAAUCAAGAGGGGACGUUGCAAACCGUUCGCGUCCCUGCCAAUGAAUGGACACGAAAAAUAUCUCAAACACCUCAUGAUUCCACGAUUCACCCAGCUCACGCCGACAUACGCUCUUCAAUCACCUCGAAAGACAUAUAUAUAGAUAUCGAAACGUCCUACUGCCUCCUUCGCUUCGCAUUUGUGCUUGUCCUCGGACCCUGCACAUGGCAUGCUCAUCCGCGCGCUCGAGGCUCGAAACAAUGCAAGCAUCAGCCUCUAUCAGCGGCGAAUCGUCGGAUUCGUGCCGAGGCGCUCUCCGCAAUCUGCUUCAAUCACGUUCGUUUCGCUUGGAUUCUAUGGACGAGGCGUACAUUGCGACUUUUACGUGGUCCUUUGUCGGGCUAUUUUAAAUUUCGGUGCGUGGGUCGUGCUGGGUGGUCGGAGAGGUGUGUGGGGCUCUUCGGAGUCGAUGCGGCGACCAACGCAUCUCAGCUUUGAGCUCCAGGUGUGCAUUCGAGACCGAGAUGCACACUUGAUGUUAAAUCCUCCACUGUCAGACUUCGCGAGCUGGGUUUCUUCGAAGGUUGGCAUUACUUCUGCGGAUUAUGCAGGAGCUUCUGUCGGGCCCAAUCCGGCGCACGGACCUGAGCGGUUAUGUAUACCUUCAAUGCCAAAUCCUCUACCGUCAGCUUUCGCGUGCCGGGCUCCUUCGAGGGUUAGGAUUGCUUCUGUGGAUUAUGCGGACCCUUCUGUCGGGUCCAGUCCAGCGCGCAAACCUGAGAUUUGCUGCUAUGUAUAUCUAGAAGGGACGGUAUUCGUCGGGCGAUGCUUGUUUCUGAUCUCAUGCGGCUUUUGCGAUUCGCUUCUGAUUCUACGGAUUGAAUUGGCACGUUCUCGUGUUCCUUCUUCGCGGUUUCAGUUCCCGGCUCUUGUCGGACUCACUCGGCACGCAAAUCUGCGUUGAAAAAAGGACGGCGUUCGUCAGGCGAUGACUCUUCUUGUCCUCUGCUUGCGCGGUCAAACUCACGCUGCAACAAGAAUAUACAUGGCUCACCGGACGUGCCAAGUUUAAGCGCGAUUGCUUCCGUGCUCGAAGCUUGGUCGUUCUUACAUUCACGACCACUCUGAAUGUGGGUUUUGGAA